CAUUGACGGCAUCAAAUACGGGUGCAUCGCACUCGGUACUUAUAUUUCUUCAUCAAAAUUAAAUUAAAUAAUUUACUUGAAUAUUAUUUGAAAUAGUCUUGAGAAGUUAAUCAUAUAAAAAAUAUUUCAGUGAAAGCGAUCAAUAAAAGUGUCUACUUAAUACUUUUGGCGAUAAACUAAAAAUUUGAGAUCUUAACUCGAGUCUUGUCAUUUCCAUGAUCAACGUCUUUCUUUCUCACUCACCGUCACGACGCACUCCACCGCUUGUACUUGGAGGUGUUGGAGAUUUCUAGAAGAGAGAAAGAGAAACGACGACAUACAACAGACAAAAAAUAUAUUAUUAUCAUCAGUUAAACACAAGAAAUCUGUGUGCCAAGACUUAUUACCCGGGUUUAACGCGGGCAUUAUUUAUUUCGAAAAAUAUAUAAUUCCAGUAAAAAAUGGCUGCAUUGCCAAGGAGAAUUAUCAAAGAAACACAGAGACUGAUGCAAGAGCCUGUGCCUGGUAUCAGUGCUGUACCAGAUGAUACAAAUGCUAGAUAUUUUCAUGUAAUUGUUACUGGACCUGAAGAUUCUCCGUUUGAAGGAGGGUUAUUUAAACUUGAAUUAUUCUUACCAGAAGACUAUCCAAUGUCCGCACCUAAAGUAAGAUUUAUCACUAAAAUCUACCAUCCAAACAUAGACAGGCUUGGAAGAAUUUGCCUGGAUAUACUCAAAGACAAAUGGAGUCCAGCCCUCCAAAUUAGAACUGUUUUGCUAUCAAUACAAGCGCUACUAAGUGCGCCUAAUCCAGAUGAUCCUUUGGCCAAUGACGUGGCUGAAUUAUGGAAAGUUAAUGAAAGCGAAGCGAUACGUAAUGCCAAAGAAUGGACUCGUAGAUACGCUAUGGAUAACUGAUCUCAGCCUUGUUGUUAUUAUCCGUCAUCAAAUGUGUUGUUGUUGUUCAGUCCUCUCAGCAACCUUGAUUUAUUAUUCUCCUGGCACAUCGGUACCAUGCCGUUUUCACCCGUGUCCACAAUUUUGCUAUGCAAACAAUAAAAUUUUUUGUAAGAAUAAAAAAUUAAGAGAUCAAUUAUGAAGAUGUAUUUUCUGCAUAUGGCUGAGAAAAAAGAGAAAAAAUGGUUAUUUUGCAAGUAAGAAGUAAACAUUUAUCUGAAUAAUGCCCAUUUUGAUUAGAUAAUGUAUUAAUUACAUUGAUGAGCAACUGAGAAAUAAUAAUGAAUUCGUUGUUAAGGUAUCUCGAGCGGUGAUAUACAGUAUAUGUAUUAAAAUGAAGCAAAACAUUAUAUAAUAAUUAUAAACGAAUGAAUAGAUAAAAUUGAAAGGAAUCUUUGAAAAGAACUGAAGAAAAAAUUUUAUUUAUAGUGGAAUAAAGCGUCAUGAGGAUCGUUGGUCCAUGGAAAUUGGGAAAUGAAAACUGGAAUGAUUAAACAGUCUUUAAAAGGUCAUUCUACAGCAUAAAUUUUUCCGAAUUCCAUCUAUUUAUCUGAUAUAAUUACUGCAUAAAGUUUUGUCUUAUUCUUAUACAUAUAUAUUUUCAUUCGAGACCCCUUAAUUUGAAUGAAAAAAUAUUCUUCGUACAUUCUUGAAUGUAAGUCGAUGCGUUUUGUCGAUUUACAUUGAUGUACAUUGUCAAAGUGCUUUCGUAUGUUUUAUUUUCCAUUCAGCGUAGCAAGGAUAUUUAGUAAGUAAAUUAAAAAUAAAUCGGUAAUGAUUAAAUAACUAGGUAAAAAAGAAUUGAAAAAAAAUCAAGCGCUUUAUAUCACAUGUUUUUUUCUUCGUUGGGUUUAAUUUAAUGAAGCACUGCAUGAUUGAAGCACGUUUUUUAACGGAUUUUAACACUUGCAUAAGCUCGACUGUAAAAUAAAAUUAUAUUAAAAUGCUAAAGAUAAAUUGAUAAAUAAUAAUUUUAAAAAAGACAACAGUUAAUAGAAUAAAAAUUAAACCCACGAAAUGAAUUUACAUGAUCACUGAUUUCAUGUGGUGUACAAUAUUAAGAAUAUAUAGCAAGAAUUAUAUACUCCAGCUAUAUUUAUUAAUGUACCCAGAUGAUAAAAUAAACAUUAAUAGAAUAAUUCAGUAA